AUGUCCUUCCACGAUAGCAUUGUCGACGCCACCAUCGCCGACUUGUCACAAGCUCUAUGCCACGGAAAGUUGACUUCAGUUGACCUGGUUGCCAAGUAUCUGCAUCGCAUCAGUGCAUAUGACUGCAGAACCACCACCCUCAACUCAAUUCCACUCAUCAACGAGAAUGUUUUCGAAGAAGCAGCCGCGGCAGACGACCGACGUGCUGCUGGUCAAGCACAUGGUCCCCUUGAAGGACUUCCUUUCACGGUCAAGGACAGCUACAAGGUUCGCGGGAUGACUGUGGCUAGUGGCUCGGAGGCCUUUGAGAACCUCGUUGCCGAUGAGGAUGCAUUCACUGUGCGAGCUCUGCGAGACGCGGGGGCUGUCCUGAUGGGCAGGACAAACAUGUGUCCUAUGGCAUACGGCGGAAUGCUUCGUGGUGUUUAUGGUCGAGCAGAGAGUCCGUACAACAAGGACUACCUAGCGGCCGCGUUUGGAUCCGGCUCUUCCAAUGGGAGUGGUGUCUCUGUUGCAGCAUCGUUUGCCGCCUUCGGUAUGGGCGAAGAAACGGUGUCGUCCGGCCGCUCUCCCGCUUCAAAUAACGCCUUAGUAGCUUACACUCCAUCGCGAGGACUCAUAUCAAUCCGCGGCAACUGGCCACUGUAUCCAACCUGCGAUGUUGUUGUUCCUCAUACACGCAGCAUGGGCGAUAUGUUCGUUCUAAUGAAUGUGCUUACCAGACAGGACCCAGAGACCGUAGGAGAUUUCUGGAGAGAUCAACCAUUUUUACAGCUUCCAGCGUCGUCAGGGUCUGACAUUUCGAAGCCUUCGAUCACUACCAAGGACCCGGGAUGUCUCAAUGGAAAGCGGAUUGCAGUCCCCCAAAUUUACAUCAAGCAGCAAGACGGCGGACCGUUGAUAUCCCAAGCCAUCGAGCCUCUAUGGCAUCAGGCACAGGUCGACCUUGAAGCCGCGGGUGCGACUGUCGAGAUAAUCCCAGAUCUCCCAGUGCUACGUAUAUACGAACAAAUGCUUCGCAAGCCCGAAGGUGACGACACAUCACCCUCUCUUCCAUAUCUGCCGGAUGACUGGAACAGCACUGAGAGGGGGCUUUUGAUCGCUCAUGCCUGGGAAGACUUCCUGCAGAACAACCACGACCCGCACAUCCAGUCAUUGACACAGGUAGAACCAAUCAAGAUCUUCCCUCACAUGCCACGCGAUAAUCCUCAAGUCAAGUUUACCGAACCAGCCAAUGCUGUCCACUGGGGAAAGUUGGCAGGCUACGUUGCCAAUCGACCCCCUACUAGCAGACCAGGCAAGAGCGCCAUCUACGACGUUCCACAUCUUGAGAGUGCCGUGCGAGCUCUCGAACAAAUCCGAACCCGUUUCUUCGAGGAUUGGAUGUCGACCCAUGACUAUGACUUUGUCGCCUUCCCCGCUGCAGGCGAUGUUGCCCGCGCCGACGCGGACAUUGACGACAAGAGUGCCCAGCACGCCUGGACGGAUGGGGUCAAAUACAGUCAUGGCAACAGAGCGUUGCGACACUUGGGAAUCCCUAGCGUGACGGUGCCAAUGGGAAUCCUUGCGGACUCGAGGAUGCCCAUGGGUUUGACGUUGUUGGGUCGGGCUUACCAUGAUCAUGACUUGCUGCAGGCCGGUUAUGCAUAUGAACAGCAAAGCAAGAAACGAGUCGUGCCGCCACUGACGCCAGCAUUACCGUCGGAUGUGAUCCCAACACAGAGACAGGUGUUGUCCAAAGCGAGGCCAAACCUGACAAUAACAAGAUGCAACGCCAGUCCAGGUCAAGAUGGCGAUCUGUCCGUUUCGAUCGAGGGGUCACUCUCUGCGGUAGGGGGAUCGGGUGAAGCUUUCAAACCUAUCCUGGAGAUCUACAUCGACGGUCAGCUUGUUCCCCCAUCAUCGAUCACGAUUCAACCACCAACCAUCGGAGAUGGGGAUUCGCACGUUUCAAACUUCGUCUGCGAACACCAGGCACUUCGACCACCAAUAACAGACGACCGCAAUCGCGUAGUCGGCAAGAUCGCCAGAGACAGUACAAUGGUCAUGAUUCUCGCGCGAAAUGGACAAGACAGCCGGCAAUCGGGGUAUGUGAAGCUGCUACACUGA